AUGGAGCUUGCGGCGCACCAGGCAGCGGUCAUCGGAGCAGCCCACGCCUGUGCCUCCGAGCCGCCUGCGGCGGGCUUCCGCGCUGGUCACGCGGAGGCUGCCCAGGACGACGAGCGCGUUGGCUUCGCCAUCGGUGGAGCCGUGCCGACCGGCCCGCGCCGCUCGGAGUGGCACCACACGGCCCUGCUUGUGGUGGCCGACGUGGUCGGCACCGGCGUGCUGAGCCUGCCGGGCCACUUCGGGGCGCUGGGGUGGCUACCAGGCUUGCUGCUGCUGGCGGGCUGCGCGCUGCUCAAUCUGUACACCGGCAUGCUGCUCGUCCAGUGCAAGCUGUGGUACCCGCGCGUGCGCAGCCUGGGGGAGCUGGCUGCGGAGGUGGCGGGGCCAAGGAUCGCGGCGUUGACUCAUGGGGUCGUGUACGGCUACAUCUUCCUCGGCUGCGGCAACUACCUGCUGGUGCUGUCGAAGUCGCUGCAGUCGAUAUGGCCCCAGCUCUGCCGCCCGCAUGCCGGCGUCGCAGGCAUGGCUUGCCUGUUCCUUCCCAACCACCUGCGCACGCUUACCGCGAUCGCGCCACUCUCGGUCUUCUCGAACUUCACCAUCGUCGUCGCCAUCGCCAUUUGCCUCGGGGCCGCGUCGCGCGGCGUGGCGCCGCCCGCAGCUGGCAGCAGUGCCCCCCUGGUCGCGCCUGCCCUGGCACCGUGGAGCGCCUUCUCCGCUCUCUCAGGGUCCAUAUUCGCCUUCUCGGGGCAGAAGAUCUAUUUGGAGAUCAUGUCCGAGAUGCGCGACGUCGCUCGCUUUGCCCAGGCCCUGUGCGCCGCGAUGGCAUCGAUCCUCGUGCUGUACGUGCUCGCCUGCGUCCGCACGUACGCGGUCUGGGGCCUCGACUCACCCGCGUACCUGCUGGACGUGCUGCGCGGGGGCGAAAAGAAGGUUGCGGGGAUGCUGAUGUUCUUGCACGUCCUCAUCUCGUUCACGAUCAGCCAGCAGGUCCUCAACCGGGCGAUCCACGACAGGAUCGCGCCGGGGCAGCCCAAGGCCCUCGCGGACCCCGAGGGCACGAGGUCGCGCCUGCUGUGGUCGCUGCUCACGACCACGACCAUGCUCUGCGCCUGGGCCGUGGCCAACCUGGUGCCCUUCUUCGCAGAUUUUGUCGACCUGGUCGGCGCGCUGGCCUCCGCGCCCCUGAGCUUCCUGCUCCCCGCGGCACUCUUCGCGGCAGCGCACCGGCGCCGGAGCGGCAGGGUGGGGCUGGGCCGCCGCGACGCGCUGCUCGUGCCCGUCUGCUGCCUUGUCACCGUGCUCAUCAUGGUCUUCGGCACGGCCUCCAGUGCGGGGAGCCUGCAGGCCCACUUCCACGACCGCGGGGCACCGUUCUCCUGCCUCGCGGAGCAGCCCGGGGAAGAAAGGGCGGCACGGGAGCAUCCCUCUCCUAAAAGGGGGCCCGGGGGCACACAAAGAAGGCUGGUGGGAUUACCCGUGAAUUUCGGAGGUCUCGCAUGCAGCCCAAGCGGGCCCUUCAAGCAGCCUAGCGCAUGGGGGGCAGCGCACCUCAUUUGUUGCGCAUCGUUCUCUUCCGCCACCAGUGUGAAGCACGCCUGGGGGAAAGCCGAGCAUCUGUUUGGGGGAAAGCGCUCGUCACCCUGGUGA